GCUCAGCAGAAACCAUCGCCACAACAGCUCUCACCUACGAAAUCCGCAACCGUGACGAAGACGCCGCCACUAGCUCCUGUGCCGCCAAAAAGCCAGGAAGCGCCAGGAGCAAACCGCUCGUUGUUAUCAAAGGCGCUAAGGCCUCGCUCAAGUUCCGAAACUCGUGCAAAGAGCUCUACUGUUACGCAUCAAACUCCACCGUCACCUUCAUCCUCGUCGACGCCAACUGUUCAGGCAGCUGCGUUGUCUCGCUCGAGUUCUCUCAAUAGCGGCGAUAAGAAGACGAAGAAAACGACGUCUUUGUUCAGUGUGUUUGGAAGAAAGAACAAAACUGCACCAAGUUCCCCAGUUUCAGCACCUGUGAAUAUCCCACACGCCCAUGGUCAUCAUCAUAACUUGCAACCGCCUCCAAGCAUUGCGUCUUCUUUGGAAUCUUUAAGCCCAAAGAAUGAACAUGAACACCUGUUGGGCCACCCGCUAGUUCCUAUCAAAGAAGGACAACGCGUUGUGCUAAACAAGAACCCGAACAGACAGAUAAUGCCGAUAAAGGAACUGAGCAAAGUACGGCUACGCAGGGUGACUUUUGCCUUGGAUAAACUACCAGAGGAUCCACCACAACAGAUUCCAUCUCGAAGACCAAAGAGAGGUAACGUCUUGGUUGUCGAUGAUCUCGUCGGUGAACCUUUGAAGUUGACUGUGGGUAUCACAAAUGAAUCAAAAUCAGAAUCGAGACAAUACGACGAGAAAGAAAUCAAGUUGGCCAAGGAGCACCAAAAGUUGAUGUUGGAAGAAGCUGAAAAACAUGCACAGGAGGCCCAUAAGGCUGCCCAGAGAAUUGCCAUCGAAGUUCAAUCCUUCAAGAACAAAAAAUCCUUAGGUCAUGAAAAAGAUGAAGAUGAAGCAGAGGAGAAUAUGGCUAACGCGAUCAAGGGAGUGGAGAUUGAUACUGAUAUUCACCUUCAUGAACAAAUCGGUGCUAAGACAGAACCAAAGCCAAUGGAGGAUCACUCAGAAAUUUCUCUAGAACAGGUCUACACACGUUGUUGUCAUUUGCGUGAGAUCUUACCAAUUCCAGCAACUUUGAAACAGUUAAAGGGUAAGACGAGUCCAUUGCAGACUUUGAAGCUCUUGAACCCUAAGCCAACAUUAAUUGACAUAUACUCUUUCUCAGACUUCAUUGCCAUUGUUCCAAUUAAGAAUCUUAUAUUCGAUAACGUUACAAUGACUACUCAAAUGUUAAAGAUUGUUCUGUCUUCAUUGGUUCGCUCCACAACGAUUGAGAAGUUAUCUUUGCGGAACAUGCCAAUAGAUGAAGAAGGUUGGAGAUACCUGUGCAAAUUCCUUGGUAGAAAUAAGUCUAUCACAAAACUUGAUGUUUCACAACAAAAGGUCAAAUCUGAUUUGCCAAGUUCGCAAUAUCGUGUGCAAAUGGAUUGGAAUCUUUUCAUCGACACCAUUGUCUUACGUGGUGGCAUUCAAGAGUUGAUUUUGAAUGGUUGCAAACUUCCGGUACCAACUUUUGAAAGAUUGAUUGAUGAGGCACUACGGAGAUCUACAAAGAGAUUUGGAUGUGCACAGACUGAAGUCAAUUUGGAGCAGAUCAAUAUCUUGAUAAACUGGUUGACUUCGGAGAAUAGUACAUGUGAAGGUCUGGACCUGGGGUAUAAUGACUUGAGCCAACCGGAAAAGUUGAGACCGCUGAUCAAGAAACUUUCCCAUGCUCCCUCAUUACAGGCAAUCUCCUUCAAUUCUACUAAUUUGCUAAAUGUUGAAGAUGCUGCAUUAUUAGUUAGAUCUUUGUCGAAAUUACCAAAUUUGAGAUUCUUAGACUUGAGUGGGCUUCCUCAAAUCUUCCCCGGUGUUGUUCCUUACUUGAGCAAAUACCUCCCACGUUUCCCAAACUUGAAUAGAAUCCACUUUGACCAUAAUGAAUUGAGCACAAAGUCGUUCUCUCUGGUUGGAGAAAUCAUUCCAAAGUGCGAGAAGUUGGUGCACGUAUCUAUUGUUGGCAAUUCCACAAUUUCUUAUGAAGCAUCCGCUUCCUUAUACGCCUCUGUGAAGGCUUCAAAAACUUUGGUGAACCUCGAUCUGGAUUAUGAUUUGAUCGAUGAGAAGAUCAGUUCCCGUAUUGCUAUCACGUUGAUGCGUAACAUGGAGCGUACACUGAAUAACACGCAACAUGAUGAUACCAAUGAUGAUAUCAUAUUUGACGGUACCCUGAUUGCAGAGACAGCAUCGAAGCUUUUGGACAAGAUGAACUCUAACGACGAGGAUGUUAGUAAGAAGUUCUUGCAAAGCAAGUUCCUGGAGAAGGUUAAAGGAACAUAUGAACGUAUUAACGAUACCAUGGAUUCAUUGAUGUACAAACGUGACCAUGGCCAAUUGACUUUGCAAGAGAAGGAAGAUCUGUUACGGUUCUACUUCUUGGAGACAUCGUUAGCUAAGAUCAUUAACAUUUUCGAGAAUCUUCCAGACGACAACGCUCAUCCACAGACGACCCAAACACUUCAAGUUCCAGGAACAAAUUCAAAUGCAGACAUUGAUCCCCAUCAAAUGGCGAUUGAUGUCAAUGAAGGUAAAGCGACCCCAAUUGAUAUGUCUACUGGUCGUCCAAUUUUGCUUCGUUCCGUGUCACAACAAUCAGAAGAAGAAGGUGAGUUCCACCGUUGGGGUUUCUUUAUUCAACAACAACGCCAGUUAUUACCAAACGAUACUGUCCCUUCAAAGGAUCCUGCGUCGCCUCGCUUUGUCCCAAAAGAUGCUGUUAUUAAGGCGAAGGGUAUCGACAGUAUCACGACGUUGAUUGACAAUGUGAACCACGAUAAGUUUGAUAUGGCAAAUAUUUAUCCAUCGAUCCAUGAACAGUCCGCCAACUCUGAUGAUCACCAACCAAAGGAAUUGAACAGAGACCAUGAUAGCAUGGAUAGCGCUGAUGAUAUUCAAGAAUUAUUAAAUGAUCUUUCUCGCGUGAGAUCAAACAAAUAGAUUGAAAAGGAAAAUAGAAUGUACAACUAUACGAUCACGUGUUCAGAUAGUAUCAUAAUAAAUUCAUGUAUUCGUACAUAAAAC